AUGAAGGCUUUUAAAUAUGAAUAAUUAAGUACAAUUAAUAAAACAUCAAAUCGUUUUAAAGAGAGAAUUCAAAAAGAUAGUUAAAGUGAUGGUAAAACGAUAUAAAGAUAAAAGCUAUAAUCGUUGACUGAAUUAUAUUAUAAUUAAAAAAUUGAUUAUAAUAAAUAGAUGAUUCUUAUAAACACCGAAUUAAUUUUUAUUAAAUUUUCUUUUUUUUUUGUUAUUUGUAAACCAAUGUAUUUUUUUUUUCUUGUUAUUUAGCUGUCACUAAAUAUUUAAAGGUUUUUAUUGAUUUUUAUUUUAAUGCUUAUAAUAAUUUCAUCUCUUGUGACUUUUCCAUUUAUUUUCAUUCUUUUAUUAUAUAUUGAAUGA